AUGGCACCUCUCAAAGUCGGCGACAGCUUCCCUGACGGCGUCAAGUUCGAAUGGGCACCGAUCACGGACAGCGACGCUACAGCUUGCGGCAUUCCCCAAGAGUACGAUGCGAGUAAGGAGUGGAAGGACAAGAAGGUCGUUCUCUUCAGUGUUCCCGGAGCCUUCACGCCUGGAUGCCAGGCUCGCCACCUACCGCCGUACAUCGAGAAGCUCAGCGAGUUCAAGAACAAGGGCGUAGACAUCGUGGCCGUCAUUGCAAGCAACGACUCUUGGGUCAUGAACGCUUGGGGCAAGGUCAACGGCGUAAAGGGCGACGAUAUCCUGUUCCUCUCGGACACCAAGACCUUCUUCUCCAAGGAACACGGCUGGCCAGCUGGCAUGGGUGACCGCAACGGUCGCUGGGCUAUGGUCUUCGACCACGGCAAGGUUACAUACGCUGAGAACGAGCCGUCUCCUAAGGAUGUUUCUGUUUCUGGUGCCGAGGCCGUCCUUGCGAAGCUAUAG